AUGGCUCCUCUAGAAGACGAGUGGGAAACGGAUGGAGACGAGGGCGAGACGCCACCUUGGGUCACUGAAAUUGAAGACAUCGAUUCUUCUACCACUGCUCUUCCGGAAAUCGUGUUGAGUAUUGUCAUCGAACCACUACCGUACACUGUGACGGGGUCGACUACGCCGACGAGUAGUGCAUUUGAAUCUGGCUUCACUGGCAUCAUGCCCCCCUCAGGCAGACCUCCCAUGCCCAGUGUACGGCCUUUGGGAUAUCCGUCAGAUCGUCCAUGGCCGCCGUAUCAACAGCCCUCUUCAACCACAGAAAGCUGGCAGACUUCCACAUCAGCAACGACUGCAUAUGCCGACCACAUGGGCAGUUCGUCACUGUGGGCGACAUCGACCUCAACAUCGAAUUUGAACUCCGAAGCAUCGCAAUCACUAACCAAUCCAUAUGGAGGAAGGCCUUCAGACUGGAACUUUUCACAAAAACAUGUCAACAAUGCACCAAUGUAUGCCGCUGCCGCGGUAAUCCCAAUUGUCGUCCUCGCGAUCAUAGGCGGGGUAGCCCUAGUCUGUUUGCGCAAGCGCAAGAGACGGAAAGCCGAAGCAAUAGCAGCGCAGACUGUCGCUCAAGAAAUGAAGAUGCAACCACAACCGAAUGUGCGACCUUACAUGGCACCACCACCAGGCUCACCACCGCCGCCAGCAAUCUCUGUAUCACGUAGCCCGCCCAACCACCUACUACCCCCAACGUCAACAUCCAGCGCAUUCCAACCCAUCAUCCUUGGGCCUAUCGGCUCAGACUCUUCAAAUGGCGCUUACCUCACUGGCAUCGACACAUCAGAUAUGGUGUCCAUUACCUCCAACACUCACAGGCCUGUGGACAAUCCGUUCUCAGACAACAAUAGUCUUACUGAGCCGCCGCCGCCGUAUAGACCGCAUAGUGCUGCGCCGCCUAGCUUCACAACGAACUCGAGGCAUAGCAGUUUGAGAGUAGGAGAUUCGCAAACGAGGCUUAUUGAAGGCGAUCCGUUUGGUGAUCCGGAUGACGAUUAUAUUUCGGACUUGUCAGGACCGACACAAGGCAGGGAUGGGACAAGUGUUGUGUCGGACCUUUCUUAUCAACGGUUCACAUAA